AGUAUACAACUCAUACAUCAUCAAUUUCUUUUCCAUCUUCAUCGCAAUCUUAGACAGAGAUCAAAUUUCCAUCAACACUUCUCUGAAAUCAAAUGGUCGUUUUCUCUGUAAAACCCUUAUUCACCAUCUUCGUCGUUUCACUCACUCUCCUUGUCGUUUUGACAUUGUUAUCACCUCGUAACCCUUUCUCCCAGAAUCCUAUUUCUCAACAACCCUCACUAGGGGAGGUAGAUAUAUGGAGUGUUCGGAGACUCAUGGAAUGGAGACCUUGCAAAUGGUGGUUACAAGGGCAUCUAACAGCUCUACCAUUAGAAACCAAUGGAUAUAUCAGAGUGGAUUGCUACGGAGGCCUCAAUCAGAUGCGAAGAGAUUUCUGUGAUGGUGUGGGAAUCGCCCGGCUGUUAAAUGCAUCUCUUGUCUUGCCAAAGUUUGAAGUGGCUUCAUAUUGGAAUGAAACAAGUGGUUUUGCGGAUGUGUAUGAUGUAGACUACUUCAUGCAACAUAUGAAUGGCUUUGUCAAAGUCGUCAAAACGUUACCACCGGAGAUUGCUACAAAAGAACCAGUUCAAGUGGACUGUAGCAAAAGGAAAGGCCAAUUUGAUUAUGUUGAAAGCGUUCUCCCAUCUCUGUUAAAACACAAAUACAUUUCAAUCACACCAGCAAUGUCCCAAAGAAGAGACAGAUAUCCUUUGCAUGCAAAAGCUGCUCUUUGUCAAGCUUGUUACAAGGCGUUACGUCUCGCCAAACCACUGGAAACGAAAGCCUCUAAGCUUCUAGAUGCAAUACCUAAACCCUUUUUGUCUCUCCACCUUCGUUUUGAGCCCGACAUGGUUGCAUACAGUCAGUGCCAAUACACGGGCCUUUCACCUGCUUCCAUCAAAGCUGUAGAAGCUGCAGUAGCACUAGUGGAGAGAAAACCAUGGACUGGAGAGUUAGCCCGCAUUUGGAGACAACGUGGGAAGUGUCCCCUCACACCUAAUGAGACAGCUUUAAUACUUCAAUCUCUUUCUAUUCCGCCAACCACGAAUAUAUAUCUGGCAGCUGGAGAUGGUCUGAUGGAAAUCGAAGGAUUAACAGAUAUUUACACCAACAUAUUCACCAAGUCUAGCCUUCUCAAUGAAGAAGACUUCACAAGCAUGCAUGGAAAUACAAAAGCUGCUUUGGAUUAUUAUAUAUCUAUCAAUAGUGAUUCCUAUAUGGCUACAUAUUUUGGGAACAUGGACAAGAUGGUUGCAGCAAUGAGAGCUUUCAAAGGGUUGUAUAAAACUCUAUUUUUAAGUAGAAGAGGAUUUGCUGAAUUAACCUCACAAGGUCUUAGAGGAAAAGAGUUGAUGCAAGCCCUAUGGAAGGUUCACAGAGAUGAGUUUGUCGCGGGAAGAGGCUCUGCUCUUCCUGAGUGUUUUUGUGAAUUCAAGUUGUGAUUUUGGAUCUUGGAUUCAACAUUUUCUUUUUAAUUUUUUGUUGUUGUACCUAUUAACUUAUUAAUUCAAUUUUUCACAGCCUUAAGUUCCUGUGCUUCACUUUGAAGGAAGGGACUCGUUACAUUGAUGUAAUGUGUUCUUUUUAAUUUGAUCACCAAUGAAUGGAUGUAGUUUCUAUCUA